CCAUCUUCCACACCAGUUGCGUGCUCACUGUGUCGCGACCCGGUGUGCCUUCUUCCAUCCAAGCCGAGCCGACGAUACACAGAGACAGAGAGCCCUAGUGUUUUUUUAAAAACAAAAUGGACGAAUUGCAGAGACCACUGUAAUCACGUUACCAUUUUCAUGGACAAACCAAACGAAACGGCAGAGAACAUCACAGAACCAGACGGCUCGGCGCCGUGGGGGACGUGGAAGGAGCUCCUCCUGUCCUGCGCCGUACACCGCCACGGCACCGACAACUGGGACUCCGUCGCCGUCGAGAUACAGAAGCGGAGCUCCACCCCUUCCUCCCUCCUCCACCUCACCCCCUCCCACUGCAAGCAAAAAUACCGCGACCUCAAACAACGCUACAGCCCCCCAGACGACGACGCCGUUAAGGCCGCCGACGCCGUCCCUUGGCUCGACGAGUUGAGGAAACUCCGCGUCGCCGAGCUCAGGCGCGAAGUCGAACGCUACGAUGCCUCCAUCGUGUCGUUGCAACUGACGGUGAAGAGGUUGAAAGAGGAGCGAGAAGAAGAGGACGAGAAAUCGAAAGGCGGAGAGAAGUCGGAUCCGGAGAAGACUGUAGAGAGAGAAAGAGAAGAUGAACACGGAAAAGUCUCGCCGGAAUCGGUGGCCGGUGGACCGGUCUCCGGCGGAGAUGACGGGUCCGUGAACGAGUCGAAUUCGACGGAUCCAAACAAGACGGGGAAAGACGGUGGUGGUGCAGAACCGGAACCGGUUCGAACCGGAGAAGGUGAACCGGAUGGUGGAGCUGGUUUGGCGAAGCCGGUGGGGGAGAACUCGUGUAACGGGAGUUCUAACAGUAUAGAGAAACAGGAGGAGGAACAGGUGAGGGAAUCGGUGAAGGAUGAACCGGAUGGAGGACGGGGUGACUCGGCCGAGUUGGGGGAAUCGGUGGCCGAGUCGAAUGGCGCCGCGGCGGCGAAGGAGUUUAGUAGCGACGUGCAGAGUUCAGCGAGCAAAUCGAGGAAGGAGGAGGAGUUGGGCGAUGAUAAGGUGCGGUCAGGUUGUGUUAGCGGUGGUGAUGAACCCGAGGACGUGGAUCAAUCGCGCACCGUCGAACGAGCUUCUGUAGAAUCGCGUUCGUUGGUGGAGUUCCUCGAGAUUGUUUACUCUCACAAGCUCGGCUCGGUCUUUGAGCGGCGGCUCGAGCGGCAGGAAACCCCAGAGUACAAGGACUUGAUUCGGCAACAUGUGGAUCUCGAAAGUAUUCAAACAAGGCUCAAAGAAGGAUGGUACUCAAGUUUCAAUAGCAAGUUCUUUCGCGAUCUGCUGCUUCUCUUCAACAACGCCAUCCUCUUCUUCAGCAAAGAGUCUAGGGAAUCUGCAGCUGCCAUCGAGCUUCGGCAGCUUGUUUCCAAAGAGAUGACCCAAACAAAUCUGAAGUUCGAUUCUUCAGCCGAAGAACAAACUCCUACUCCAUCCCAACUAGUCCUUUCCUCAAAACCGGAGCCCGAACCAUCAUCUGAUUCUUUGCUACCAAAACCAAAAAUGAUAUCAGGCCCAAUGAUAGUUUGCCGCAAGCGCAGCUCAAUUGCUGCAAAAGCACUGAUUGGAUCAUCCAAUUCUGGAGGAGCCGAUAGAAAGAGGGAGCCAAAAGCCGUAGAAAAACCAAUUCUGGAUUGGAAGCAACCUAACAAGAAAUCAUCGGAAAAUAAUGCUGAAGAAAAUAAUCGGGUUACAAAGAAGAGGAAAAGUGACAGAUUUGCUUCAGCUACUUCAAGAAGCUCGAAGAAGAAUGGCAAGAAUCGAGCCAGUCCAAACCCUAGCAAGAAUUCAGAACCCCUUCCCAGUGAACACUCAGAGCCUAGAAGUGAGAAAAACGCUGCUGCCCCAACCACUGUAUCAGGUGGUGCGAAGAAGAGAAGUGCAGCUAAUUUCUUGAGCAGAAUGAAGCGAAGCUCGACCACCACACAUAAUAACGGCUCGACAUUGCUAGGUACACUGAACAGCUCAGGAAUUAGUUCCGGCAUGAAUACCAGAGGAGGGGGUGGUGAGCAGAAGAGAAGUGGCGGCAAUGGCAAGGGUGGCGAUGGGAAGAAAGAACAGGUGGUGACUUCGAGGAGGGGUUCAGGAGCGGGGAGACAAGCGAAGGAGAAGGAGAAGGAGCAAGGGAGCCCCGCAAAUAGAAACGUCGGGCGGCCCAAAAGAGCGGCGGCACCACCACCUUCUACGCCUGCGGCAGUAUCUGGCAAACGGAGUAGGGAAGGAGGAGGUGGUGAUAAAGAGGCUGGGGCUUCAAGACAGCCAAAGAAAAGAUCAAGGAGGUGAAAGAUGGGUGUUAUUUGUGUGUACAUUAUUUGCAGGGAGUUGAAGGUCUUUAGAAGCAACUGAUUUCUUUUCUUUUCUUUGUUCUUUUCAUUUUGCCUUUUUAAAAAAAAAAUGUAUUUGUAGUAUUUAAUCACACGUUGCUGUGUCCAUAAUGUAUUUUUGUGAUCUAUUUGUAGUGCCAAUGAAAGGAAAAAAGAGAGACUUUGGAAGGAUUUGGUUUCUCUAUGUCUGAAACAAGUGUAUGAAUCCGUCGAUCCGAGACUGUUUGGGAGUCACUUUUCUUUUGGAUAAUAGAUUCUGGAUUCUAA